AUGCAUACCUCACUAGUCUUUUCAGUUGUCGCGGCAGCAGACCCACUCGUUGUUGGCGAACCACCUGACCCCGUAGUGCUAGCUGUUGUUGAGCCACCUGAAACUGUUGAUCCUCCAGGACUUGUUGAAGCACCAGACAGUGUUGAUCCACUUAAUGUUGCCGAGGCACCUGAAACUGUUGAUGCACCUAAUGAUGUCGAGCCACCAGAGACUGUUGAUCCUCCAAGACCAGCUGAAGCACCUGAAAUUGUUGAUCCUCCGGGACUUGCUGAAGCACCUGGCAGUGUUGAUCCACUUAAUGUUGUCGCGGCACCUGGAACUGUUGAUCCACCGAGAGCUGUUGAGGCACCUGAAAGUGUAGAUCCACCUAAUGUUGUCGCAGCAGCAGAAACUGUCGAUCCACUUAAUGUCGUCGAGCCACCGGAAACUGUUGGUCCACCUAAUGAUGUCGAACCACCCGAGACUGUUGAUCCUCCGAGACUUGUAGACGCCCCUGAAACUGUUGAUCCCCCUGAUGUUGUCACGGCACCUGAAACUGUUGAUCCACCGAGAGUUGUUGAGGCACCUGAAAUUGUAGAUCCACCUAAUGUUGUCGCAGCAACAGAACCGGUCGAUCCACCUAAUGACGUCGAGCCACCGGAAACUGUUGGUCCACCUAAUGAGGUCGAACCACCGGAGACUGUUGAUACCCCUAAUAUCGUCGCGGCACCUGAAACUGUUGAUCCACCGAGAGCUGUUGAGGCACCUGAAAGUGUAGAUCCACCUAAUGUUGUCGCAGCAACAGAACCGGUCGAUCCACCUAAUGACGUCGAGCCACCGGAAACUGUUGGUCCACCUAAUGAGGUCGAACCACCGGACACUGUUGAUCCUCCAAGACUUGUAGACGCCCCUGAAACUGUUGAUCCCCCUAAUGUUGUCGAGGCACCCGAAAUCGUUGAUGCACCUAAUGAUGUCAAGCCACCAGAGACUGUUGAUCCUCCGAGACUAGUUGAAGAACCUGAAACUGUUGAUCCCCCUAAUAUCGUCGAGGCACCUGAAACUGUUGAUCCACCGAGAGUUGUUGAGGCACCUGAAAGUGUAGAUCCACCUAAUGUUGUCGCAGCAGCAGAAACGGUCGAUCCACUUAAUGAUGUCGAGCCACCGGAUACUGUUGAUCCUCCAAGGCUUGUAGACGCCCCUGAAACUGUUGAUCCCCCUAAUGUUGUCGAGGCACCUGAAAUCGUUGAUGCACCUAAUGAUGUCGAGCCACCAGAGACUGUUGAUCCUCCGAGACUUGUUGAAGCACCUGAAACUGUUGAUGCACCUGAUGUUGUUGACGCACCCGAAAUUGUAAGCACACUGAGUGUUAUGGAUGUUGGGGCGACCGUGCCUCCUGAUGUGUUUGAACUGAAUGAUACGGUGGAAGAGCUGAGUAUUAUCGGGCUUGAUAUUGUGGAUCCGCUGGCGGUUGUCGAAAGUAACCCACUCAUAUUGGAGGAGCUGUUACUGUUGCUUAACGUUACCAUGAUGGUGGUAUUGGUGAAAAGGUUGGUCGAUGAAUCUAAGAAAUGGAUAAAUGAUACAAUGUCUCGUAUAAAUAUGAUUGAUUUUUCCAAAGUUGUCUCCACAUGAAUAUUUUUUAGCGCGACUGCUGCUGGGUAAGUUAUUGUUGAAUAGAUUAAUAUUAAUCUAAUGAAUACGGUAUGUUUUGGGAUGGGAAAAUUACGAGAAGAGAGAAUACGAGGGAACAAUUUUUGGCAUCAUUUAGAAAAGAAGGUGAAUGGUGGUUUAAAGCUCUUGCUUACUUGUAGCCAAGAUUGAUGUCGAAUUCAUAUUCGGUGUUGUACUGUUCAUUAGUGUAGUACUGUUGGUUGUGGUUGUAUUUGUUGCAUAAUACGCUAUGAAGCAAGAAAGAAAAUGUAAUUCCAGCUAUUAGCCAUUUCAAAUAAAUCGAGACAAAUAUUCCGAGAGGCAGCUACAUCGAAGUCGUCCAACCUUGCCUAACUUAAGAUAUGUUGUAGAGGUAAGAGUUUUAAGAAUUUGAAUACAACCUGUUUGAAAAAAUAUUCUUCCGUUCUUGAGAUAUUGAAACGUUUCUCAGAAAACUAUCGGUGAAAAACCUCAUUUUUUGUGACUUUUGUGACAUAUCUGUCUCAUCAAUGAUAUAAGCAAUUGACUUGAAAGUUUUACUGUGAGUAGAUACUAUAAUUGUGUAUUUCAGAAAAAGCAAGAGCUCAAAUAGAUAAACUAUUCAAGAGUGGCUAAAUGGUCGCCAGGUAGAAGGGAAAAUGGUCAUUUUCCAGUGUUUCGUGCAUAUAUC